AUGGAGACGGUGGCUCCGUGUGCUCCGGUGACUUAUCACCGCCGUGUUCGUGGUGACUUGGAUGACACACUUCCUAAACCUUAUUUACCGAGAGCACUACAAGCACCAGAUAUGGAGCACCCGCAAGGAACACCAGAGCAUAGGCAUAAUGGCCUUAGUGUUCUUCAACAACAUGUCGCUUUCUUCGACUUAGACGAUAAUGGCAUCAUCUAUCCCUCCGAAACCUUCUUUGGAUUCCGCAUACUCGGUUUCAAUUUACUCGCGUCGCUUAUUUUAGCUGCUGGUAUCCACAUAGCUCUUAGCUACCCUACUCUCCCGGGGUGGUUACCAUCUCCGUUUCUCCCUAUAUAUAUACACAACAUUCACAAGGCAAAGCACGGAAGCGACUCUAAAACAUAUGACAAUGAAGGAAGGUAUACACCAGCGAAUCUUGAGUUGAUGUUUAGCAAAUACGCAAGGACAGUGCCAGACAAGUUGAGUCUUGGAGAACUAUGGGAUAUGACCGAAGGAAACCGUGAUGCAUUUGACUUUUUUGGCUGGUUAGCGAGCAAAGUGGAAUGGGGAGUAUUGUAUGCGUUAGCUAGUGACGAAGAAGGAUUCUUAUCUAAAGAAGCAAUAAGGAGGUGUUUUGAUGGGAGUUUGUUUGAUUAUUGUGCCAAGAACUAUACCGAGAUCAAUGAGUACAAGACGUACUACUGA